AUGCUUUUCACAACCACCCCACUACUACAUAGAGUCUUGACAGUAAACGCCAAUCGCAAAGACUCAUUUGUCGCGGGUGCAGUUAUUUACAUAGCUCUCUCACUACUUAUAAUUUACCACGUCACAACAGAUGAAUUAAUUGUUCAUGCUUCGUUCUUUGUUAGCAGCAUCACUAUCAUCGGCAUUCGGACUAUUCAGCUUCUCAAACAACGCACCGCUGAGAUACUUCUUUAUGGGCAGCCAAUCUAA